CAGACAACGUUGCCAACAUUUUCCCAGCAUUCCUUGCGUGCGGCCUUUUCCUCCAUUUUUGAGACUGAAUCAGGUUGUUAGCCUGGUCAAAUCAUCAUAAUGCCCGGAAGGUUGUGGAGCAAGGCCAUCUUUGCUGGCUACAAGCGUGGCCUGAGGAACCAGCGUGAGCACACUGCUCUGCUCAAGUUAGAGGGAGUUUACACCCGCGCAGAGGUCGACUUCUACCUGGGCAAACGCUGUGCCUACGUCUACAAGGCAAAAAAGAUCACCGCAACACCCGGCGGUAAACCCAACAAGACACGUGUCAUCUGGGGUAAAGUCACACGGGCUCAUGGAAACAGUGGAAUGGUUCGUGCCAAGUUCAAGAGCAAUCUUCCUGCAAAGGCUAUGGGGCACAGGAUCCGUGUGAUGCUGUACCCAUCCCGUGUGUAACCUGCUUUUGUGUACAGACAAUAAAAAAUUUGAUCCAAAAA